AUGGCCGUCGAGAAAUCGAACACGACGGUGGGAAGUGUGGAGAUAGUGAAGCCGCGUACGGAUAACAGAGAAUAUCGGAGGAUUGUUCUUAAGAACUCGCUCCAGGUCUUAUUGAUCAGCGAUCCCGAUACCGAUAAGUGUGCUGCUUCAAUGAGCGUUAGUAUCGGUUCCUUCUCUGACCCACAAGGACUAGAAGGCUUAGCUCAUUUCCUUGAGCAUAUGCUGUUUUACGCAAGUGCAAAAUACCCAGAGGAAGAUAGUUACUCCAAGUACAUCACUGAGCAUGGAGGUAGCAGAAAUGCGUAUACAUCCUCGGAAGAGACGAACUACCAUUUCGAUAUUAAUGCUGAUUGUUUCAGUGAGGCUUUGGAUAGGUUUGCUCAGUUCUUUAUCAAACCACUAAUGUCAGCUGAUGCCACUAUGAGGGAGGUUAAGGCCGUUGACUCAGAGAAUCAGAAAAACUUACUCUCUGAUGGUUGGCGGAUGCGACAGCUACAGAAGCAUCUGAGCAAAGAAGACCAUCCAUUUCACAAGUUUAGCACAGGAAAUAUGGACACACUUCAUGUACGACCCCAAGCGAAAGGAGUGGAUACAACAAGUGAGCUUAUUAAGUUCUAUGAAGAACACUAUUCCGCCAACAUCAUGCAUCUGGUUGUAUAUGGGAAGGAAAGCCUUGACAAAACUCAAGAUCUUGUGGAAGGGAUGUUCCAAGAAAUCCAAAACACCAACAAAAGUAUCCCUAGAUUUCCUGGCCAGCCAUGCACUCCGGACCAUUUGGAGAUUCUUGUGAAGGCUGUUCCUAUUAAGCAAGGACACAAGCUUAGUGUUUCAUGGCCUGUUACUCCUAGCAUUCAUCAUUAUGAAGAAGCACCAAGCCAGUACCUUGGGCAUCUUAUUGGCCAUGAAGGCGAAGGAAGUUUGUUUUAUGCCUUGAAAACCUUGGGUUGGGCAACGGGACUGUCUGCUGGUGAAGGAGAUGGGACUCUAGAUUAUUCUUUCUUCGAGGUUUCAAUUGACCUUACCGAUGCUGGUCAUGAGCAUAUACAAGAUAUUUUAGGAUUGCUGUUCAGAUACAUUCAGCUAUUACAACAGAGUGGUGUUUGCCAAUGGAUUUUUGAUGAGCUCUCAGCCAUCAGUGAGACAAAAUUUCAUUAUCAAGACAAAGUACCACCAAUGUCCUAUAUAGUGGAUAUUGCGUCAAACAUGCAGAUAUUUCCGGUCAGGGAUUGGCUGGUUGGAUUAUCACUGCCUUCUAAAUUUAAUGCAGCCACUGUACAAAAGGUUGUAGAUGAGCUUUCCCCCAGCAAUGUUCGAAUCUUUUGGGAAUCACAGAAAUUUGAAGGACAAACUGACAAAGCUGAGCCGUGGUAUAACACUGCCUAUUCUCUUGAGAAGAUAACCAGUUCCACCAUUCAGGAGUGGGUGCAGUCAGCUCCUGAGGCAAAUCUGCAUCUACCAGCGCCUAAUGUUUUCAUUCCUACAGAUUUAUCAUUAAAGGAUGCUAAGGACAAGGAGACUGUCCCGGUUUUGCUGAGAAAUUCGCCUUUCUCAAGAUUGUGGUACAAGCCAGAUACGAUGUUCUCGAAACCAAAGGCAUAUGUUAAGAUGGAUUUCAACUGCCCACUUGCAGUCAGCUCUCCUGACGCAGCGGUUCUUACUGAUAUUUUUACGCGGUUGCUGAUGGACUACUUAAAUGAAUAUGCUUAUUAUGCACAAGUGGCUGGUCUUUACUAUGGAGUGAGCCUUUCGGACAAUGGUUUCGAGUUGACCCUUAUUGGUUAUAAUCACAAAUUGAAGAUCUUGCUGGAAACUGUUAUUGGAAAGAUAGCAAAUUUUGAAGUUAAACCUGAGAGGUUUGCUAUUAUCAAGGAAACUGUCACAAAGGAGUAUCAGAACUACAAAUUCCGACAGCCAUAUCACCAAGCAAUGUAUUACUGCUCACUGAUAUUACAAGAUCAGACCUGGCCUUGGACAGAGGAACUAGAUGCCCUUUCUCAUUUGGAAGCUGAAGAUGUAGCUAAGUUUGUCCCAAUGUUGUUAUCAAGGACGUUCCUUGAGUGUUAUAUAGCAGGUAAUGUGGAGAAUAACGAAGCUGAGUCAAUGGUCAAGCAUAUUGAAGAUGUUCUGUUUAACGACUCAAAACCCAUAUGCCGACCUUUAUUCCCAUCACAGCAUCUGACUAAUAGAGUUGUAAAGCUCGAAGAAGGAAUGAAGUAUUUCUACCACCAAGAUGGUUCAAAUCCCAGUGAUGAAAAUUCUGCUCUAGUACACUACAUCCAGGGUCAUAGAGACGACUUUGCCAUGAAUAUCAAACUUCAGCUAUUUGGUCUAGUUGCAAAGCAAGCCACCUUUCACCAACUUAGAGCAGUCGAGCAGCUUGGUUAUAUCACUGCACUUGCUCAGAGGAACGAUUCUGGCAUAUAUGGUGUACAGUUCAUUAUCCAGUCCUCAGUUAAGGGUCCUGGACAUAUUGAUUCGAGGGUAGAGUCAUUACUGACGAACUUUGAGAGUAAACUUCGCGAGAUGAGUGAUGAGGAGUUCAAGAGCAAUGUAACAGCUUUGAUAGACAUGAAGCUUGAAAAGCACAAGAACUUGAAGGAGGAAUCCCGGUUUUACUGGCGUGAGAUUCAAAGUGGAACACUCAAAUUCAACCGCAAAGAGGCAGAGGUCGCUGCGUUGAAGCAGCUUCAGAAGCGAGAGCUGAUUGAUUUCUUCGACGAGUACAUAAAGGUUGGAGCAGCAAAGAAGAAAUCGCUGAGCAUCAGAGUAUACGGGAGCCAACAUCUGAAGGAAAUGGCAAGUGACAAAGACGAAGUCCCGUCACCGUCUGUUGAAAUCGAAGACAUUGUUGGCUUCAGAAAGUCACAGCCUCUUCACGGGUCGUUCAGGGGAUGCGGGCAACCCAAGCUGUGA